AUAAACCAUCAGCACAGCGGCGCAGUAAAGCUCAACGACGGGAAAUGAAAGAGUCGUCUCUCGAAUUGUUCUCGCGCCGCGGUGGCGGCUAUUAAUUAACGGGGCAGCUUUCUCUCUCUCUCUCUCUCUCUCUCCGUGUGUCUUUUUUACUUCGGGUUCGACAACCCUGCGGGGGCGUCCGUCGUUUGACCGACGACGAAGUGUAUAUGUGCCUCCUAAUGCUUCGCCGUCACACCACGUGGCGUGCGGCCCUCGCUUUUCACACGCAUGUGUGCUUUCUUUCUUGCUUCGACGACCAAGGGUGUGUUCCGAGAGAGAGAGAGACUCCCUACUGCUGUGUGACGUGGGCGGUUGGAUUUUGGAACUGAGGAUUUGGUCAAGAUUUGUGAUAAGAUUAUAUACAUCACGAAUUUGUGAAUUAUAGCGGUGUAACGGACCAUGGCUCCGAUCUACUGUAGAUUACGCUUUUUGAGUUUGAGCUGCAAAUCUUGAAAGUGCCAUUUAAUCAGCGUAAAAAAAGUUUUAAAUACAGUAUAUACAAGCGAAAAAAUAGUAAAGCAAACAGCGUGAAAAAUGCGCCAAUGCCGAUCAGCAUCAUCAUCAGCGGCCGUCCUCUUCAUCAUCAUCAGCGUCGCCUCUACUCCGGUAAACAGUAUAUUUAAAAUCGGCGUCGCUGCAAAAAAGCCAAAUGAUGCAAGCGUUAGCACCUUGCGCGCUCGACGCGACGGUAAACAACUUCUCUCGAGGCGCCUCGACAAAAAGCUCUCUCUUCACAUAAUACAUCAGCGUACACCUUGAGAUAUUUCCGUUCAUCGCUCUAAUAUACUUAGUAUAAACGAUCGAGAGAACGUUUUUCGACCGCGUGGGCGUGAAGCUGACGCGGAUUUCCGAAAUAUCCCUCGGGCCGUGGCACGGCUGUAUUUAUACGCGUCGAAUUGUUCCGAAUCGCGCUCGAUUAUUUCAGUUCGAUUGCGAAAUCGCUGUUUCGUACGCGUAUACGGAAAGAGAUUGGGGGGGGGGGGGGGAGAGGGCGUGUACCGCAAUGUAGUUCAGCGAUUUUACGACGGCCGUAAAGAAGAGGUUCGUUGUGUGUAAAAGACGCUUUUUAUAUAGGAGCCGUUUUGUGAGAUUAUUUCAAAAUUUUCUGAUUUACCGUCGAGUGAGAGAAGCUCUGUUAUAUAAGUGAGGCGUUAUUCAAAUGUGUAGCCUUUUAAAACUUUUAUAAUUUUACGACGCGACGCUUAAUUGUGCUCGCGAGUUAUAAAAAGCUGCCUCGCGUGUGCUGUUCUGUUAUCUUGUUUAUUGGAUCUGAAAUCUUUUUCUACCAUAGGGUCGAAGAAAAAAAUUUUAAAAAAUUAUACGUAAGUCGUUUAAAUAACGCGGAUCGUCUGUUUUACCGGGAGAGAAGAACAUCCUACGGCCUGAUUUCAAAAAAAGCAAACAAAAAAGAAGGCAGAGUCGUGUGAAACGCCAGUCAAAUCGACCUACUCUCUUGCUAAUGUGUGUUUACCAUUGCACGUUAUUCGUACACUCUAAGCUCGUGCCGGCGUUCUAUGUUCGACGGAGCUUUUAUUCAAACAUUGAAAAAUACUCCUUUUCGCAACAAACAGAGCUUAAAACUGAAAAACCAGUUAAAAACGAGUAUCUCGCGCACACAUCAUCGCAGGAGAGUGAGAGAGGGAUAGGCCAGUGUCGAAGACGAAGAGGGCGGCGGUCGACGUGUGCCAACACCCUCGAGCUUGCAGGGCGCGGCUCAAUCAAUUAUCGCGAGGGUGCGCCCGCGCGUAGCAACAGUCCCUCACCCACACACACACGUAUAAUACAUCAUACAGGCAGGCACACACAGGCUGAUGGAGAAAUUACAGUCACUGCGCACUGGAGGAGGAAGGUGCGCCUGCGCGAGAACGGGAGGACUGUGUCGUAGCUGCGUUGUUUGGCAGGACGAGGCUAAGCUGCUCUCUGCUGGGCGAGACUGGAUUCUUUUUGUUAUUGAUAUUUUUCAGUCUCUCCUGCGUGUACUGGAUUUUCGUCUGCUCAGGAUCUAGAGGACAAGAUGCUCGCGAUCGAGCCGCCUCUUCGAGCUUUAAUUAAGCAAUAGAACAAAAUUUCACACACACACACACACACACACACAGACCUGCAGCACACAGAGGAAAGAUGACGGUGACGACGGAGCUGAAGGAAAUCAAGGAGAUGCUCCGCAAGAUGAUCCGCGACAUGACGAAGAUCCGUCAGACGCAGAAGCAGAUGAAAGCCGAGAUGUACGAGGUGAAGGACGACCUUAAACGUUUCCGCGAGCUGUGGAAGAAGGAGAAGGCCGAGAUCGAGAACCGCCUGCAAAAGCUCGAGGAGGACAAAGUCAAGCGUGAGCUCAUGCAGCGGCUCAACCGGUUCGAGAAGAUGGAGGAGGCCAUCGAGCUGAAGGAAAAGAAGAGCAGCAACUGGGAACUGCCCAACAGCUCGCAGCAGCUGCAGGAGAGCGAGAUGAUCCAGAAGCACAUCGAGAACAUCGCCAAGAAGGAGAGGGCCAGCAGCAGCACCGUCAACAUCGAGUACAAGAAGCUCUGCAUCAACGAGAAGAACAUGCUUCUGAAGGACGGGCAGAGAUUCAUCAGGCAGUUCUUCGGGGCUGGAAAAACCGAUCUCUAAGAGCGGCGCGCGAGUAGAAGAAUUAGCGAUGUAUAAACUGUUCUGUCACGGCAUUUUUUUUCUUCAUAUUUUCGAUUCUACAAGUGUCUUGGAACAACAAUCGAAUUGUUGCCUUUGUCACCGCAAUGCCUUAACGAAAUGUAGAACUAGAUAUUACUGUAAAUAAUUCAAAUAUACAUAUAUAUCAUAAUAUAA